ACUUUCAAACAAAUAUAGAACGUCAGCAAGACACAAAACACUCCACGUGAGAGCGACCACCUCCUGAUCCAGGUCAGAGUGGUCAGGAGGCGUGGCAAGCUGUCCUGUUCCUUGUGUGAGAUUUAGUCAAAGUGAAGUACUUAAUGUCCCAAGUGUUUUAACUUGGGGGUUUGCAGCAAGUGCUUUUGGACAUGACCUCAACUAGCAUGAUGCCGACAACGGGCAGCAAGCUGAAGCAGUGCCUGCUGGCUCAGGAUCAGCUGGAGAGCGCCAUCCAUGCCGUGAUGAAGACUGAGCAGCAGCUGAGGGAGAACGCCAGAGAGGUGCGCUGGCAGCUGCAGAGCUGCGUAAGCCGGCAGCAGGAGGCGCUGCGCUGCAGGGAGGUGUGGCUGCUGGGUCAGAUCGACCUGCUGGAGCACGUCAAGGCUGAAACGCUGCAGCAGCAGUUGCAUCGUCUUCAUCGGCUGCACGGUCAGCUAGAUGUGAUCUCACAGCAGCUGCAGAACGCCAACAGCAGCAGCGACCUGAGCAACCAGCUGACCACCUGCAUGGACAAGUUGUCAUCUCUGAGUCUGAUGCCGGAGGAAACACCUGAGAUGAGCUUUGACGCUGACUCGCGCUCCCUAAGGGACGCCAUCACCUCAUUUGGCAGCAUCAGCGCACAGAAAAUGGAGGCCGGAGCUUUGGGUAACUGGCUGCUGGAAAGUCAUCCUACUGGACAUCAGGUCAGCAGAGAUUCCCAGGAUUGGCUGUCACCGAAGGAUACGACUUCCUGUCCCGUCCUGGAAUCUGUGGACUUCUUCAAGGCCUGGGGUCAGCUCCGAGACCUGGAAACAUGGCUGCUCCGGGACCAGAAGCCUGUCGUCCGGCAGCGCAGUGCCAGCUGCAGCAGCUCCUCCUUCUCCAUCGAGAAGAUUGACGAGUCUGACUUGUGUGACGGCCUUCAGGAUGACGACCUGAGCGAGUGGCUGAUAACCCCACCCGUCGACUCCGCCGAGUCCGAUGCCCAGCGCUGGCGCCAGCUUUUGAAGCCUUUUUCCGAGCGCUGGUCAUGCGCCGACUGGCUGGCCGGGCCGAGCCGUCAGACGGCCGACUGCUCAUCCUGCUGCCAAACCACCAAAGCCUUGGAGAUCGAGAACCUGGGAGAGCUCAAGUGCCUGAAGACCCCAUCUCCCGCCAGCCCGUCCUCACCCACAGCCGCCAUUACGACCUUGCAGGCGUGGCUGCAGCAGGCGGCGCCGGUCCAGCAGACGUGUCGGGCCAACGAGCUGUGCUCCAGCUACUCUGAGUGCGUCUGCGAUGAAAACUGCGGCAAAGAAGCUUUGAACGCGUGGCUGCUGCAGCACGGCACGCUUGACAAGAACGGCGUCCUUGUUGCCACUACUGCCCCGCCCACUACGACCAAGAACACGCUGACCAAGACCUUGAAUGCCCAGCCCACUAGCAAGAAUGUGCCGCCAACUUUGCAGCAUAGACAACAGGAAGAGAAGGUUCAGGCCAUCCUGGAGGUGUGGCUUCACCCCUCCAACGCUUCCUGCAGAGGUUCUAACCUCCUCGGCCCCGCUUUGUUUCAAAGACCUCUGGAUCCAGAGCACUGGGUGCUUCCAAAGAACUCAUCCAGUCCGGAAGUGACUUCAGCAUCGGAGCAGGACAACAAAUGGCUGCUAAAGAAGAAAUCUCAGGAGAAUGUGGCUCUGCCGUCCGUCUGUGACUUGUUCUCCUGCAUGAAAGUGGGCAGCGACAAAGAAAAAUGGCUCCACAGGGCUCCGAUUCAGAUGUGACCACAAAGAUGAGCUUUCCUUUGGCCUGUGUCACUUUAUUGCUGCUUAGCGCACACAAGUUUCUUCAAUCCUGCAGCCUUCUUUCCUGUGGUAUUCAGCAUUUGCUUCCUGCAAAGGUUCUUCAACUUCUGUGAAGUGCCUGAGUCAAACAGGAAGUGAACUUUUUAAAUGUGCGCUGUGAUCACUCCGUCAAGAAUGAAUAGUUGUGAAUCUCCUGAUCCACCAUGGACUAUAUACAGGGUGGGUGGUGCUAGCGAGGGGCUGGGCAAAGUUCAACUUAUUUUAACUCAAAUAUUUCUAUGAAGCAUAUAUUUUUUGCAUUUACAUUGAACAUUUAUUCUGCCCCAUUGAGGGUAAUAUUUCUCAAAUUUUCUUUACUCUGCUACAGAGAUGUACAUCCUUCUGGAUGACUUUUAAUCCCAUUAUUUUAUUUUAAAAUUAACGUUUUUGUUUUAAGUUUGCUCUCUUCCAAGACAAGGAUGAAAGCUCCACCAAUGAUUUUGACUGCGCAAUGAUGUCAUCUAUGGGCUUUUGUUAUGAUUCUCCACACUAAUAAAACAUGUUGACAUCA